ACCAAGCGCACACGCCACAGCACUUCUCUCAUUGCAACCUAAAUCUCAAUCAGAGAAGCAGAGAGGCGUCUUAAUAAACGCUCAUCUCUGAAACCCUUUCCUUCUUUUCCAUUUAGAUCUUCCUUCUUCGUCAGCAACAAUGAGAGAGUGCAUCUCAAUUCACAUUGGCCAGGCUGGCAUUCAGGUCGGAAACGCCUGCUGGGAGCUUUAUUGUCUUGAACACGGCAUUCAGCCUGAUGGCCAGAUGCCGAGUGAUAAGACCGUUGGAGGAGGUGAUGAUGCUUUCAACACCUUCUUCAGCGAAACUGGGGCUGGAAAGCACGUGCCUCGUGCGAUUUUUGUAGAUCUCGAGCCCACUGUGAUUGAUGAAGUCAGGACAGGGACGUACCGCCAACUAUUCCAUCCUGAGCAGCUUAUCAGCGGCAAGGAGGAUGCGGCAAACAACUUCGCUCGUGGCCACUAUACUAUUGGGAAGGAGAUUGUUGAGCUUUGCUUGGACCGCAUCAGAAAGCUUGCUGACAACUGUACUGGUCUCCAAGGCUUUCUGGUUUUUAAUGCUGUAGGUGGUGGCACUGGCUCCGGUCUUGGUUCCCUGUUGUUGGAGCGCCUUUCGGUGGACUAUGGCAAGAAGUCAAAGCUUGGUUUCACUGUCUAUCCUUCACCCCAAGUUUCAACCUCUGUUGUUGAGCCUUAUAACAGUGUUCUCUCCACCCAUUCCCUGCUUGAGCACACAGAUGUGUCUGUGCUGCUUGAUAACGAGGCCAUUUAUGACAUAUGCAGGCGUUCCCUUGACAUUGAGAGGCCAACCUACACUAACCUCAAUCGUUUAGUUUCUCAGGUGAUAUCCUCACUGACUGCUUCCCUGAGGUUUGAUGGUGCCUUGAACGUUGAUGUUAAUGAAUUCCAGACCAAUCUAGUGCCAUACCCCAGGAUCCACUUUAUGCUUUCAUCUUAUGCUCCCGUGAUUUCAGCUGAGAAGGCUCACCAUGAGCAGCUAUCAGUAGGUGAAAUCACCAACAGCGCGUUUGAGCCAUCGUCUAUGAUGGCCAAGUGUGAUCCGCGUCAUGGGAAAUAUAUGGCUUGCUGUCUCAUGUACAGAGGUGAUGUGGUGCCUAAAGAUGUUAAUGCAGCUGUGGGCAUUAUCAAGACCAAGCGCACCAUUCAAUUUGUUGACUGGUGCCCCACUGGGUUCAAAUGUGGAAUCAACUACCAGGCCCCAACUGUUGUUCCAGGUGGUGAUCUUGCGAAGGUGCAGAGGGCUGUAUGCAUGAUCUCGAACUCCACCAGUGUUGUUGAGGUUUUCUCUCGCAUUGACCAUAAAUUUGACCUGAUGUAUGCUAAGAGGGCGUUUGUACAUUGGUAUGUUGGUGAGGGUAUGGAAGAGGGAGAGUUCUCUGAGGCUCGUGAAGAUCUUGCUGCCCUGGAGAAGGAUUAUGAGGAAGUCGGUGCAGAGGCCGCUGACGGUGAAGACGAAGAGGGAGAAGAUUAUUGAUCAGGAGAAAUUUGCACUAUUAUGUUAUAUUUUUCUACUUACAAAACUGUAAUGUUACUUUGGUCGUGUUGUUUUUCUUCCCGUGCUCAGUGUAUGGUUGUUCUUUUGAGGGAACUCCCCCUCUUCCGGUACUAAGGGAUAUUGGUCCAGCCUAUUUUUUGGCUUAAGAAAAAUACUUGGUUUACAGUUAAAA